UACAUAAUUUAAAAUCUAUUUAAACAAGUAGUAAAACACUUCUCGUUGUAUAAAUAAUUGAUGACUCAAAUCGGUUGAUGCAGGCAGGGCUAGCUAGCUAGCUAGGGGUUUAUGAAUUCCAAUACCGCCGAAUCCCAUCCCUGCAUUUCUCAUCGUCAAAUCGCAGCCGUAGAUUUUGAUCAACGGUAACAUUGCUCAUCUUUCCCGUGAAUUCCAACAGCCAUCUCCCGUGAUUUUCCGGCCGAAGCAUUUCACAAUUUCUCCCUCAAAAAAAAAAAAAAAACGUUUCCAGAAACUCCGAAAUUCACGAAACUUCCACAAUCAACUUAAGAUAAUUACUAUCAAAACCCUCGCUCUGUUGAUUUUUGUUGGAGAAGAGGAAAAUGGAGUCGUUCAAGCGGAAAUCAUUUAAGAUCGGGCACGGUGAAAUUGGAGAGGAAGGCGGCUCGAGCCACGGCGGGGAGGAAUACGAGGUGGAGGAUCUAAGGGAGCGAAUCCAGUCGUCACGCGGCAGCCGAUUAACUCUGGUUGAGAACGAGUUGGAGACGAACUCCACUCGCCGGAGAUUCAGCAGGCACAACCUCAUCAAUGGCUUCAGAGAUCUGUUCAUCCACCCUGACAACAGGUGGUACAAGGCAUGGGAGAAAUUUAUACUAUUAUGGGCAAUAUACUCGUCAUUCUUCACUCCGUUGGAGUUCGGGUUCUUCAGGGGACUACCAGAGAACCUGUUCAUUUUAGACAUUGUUGGCCAGGUGGCAUUCCUACUCGACAUUGUCUUGCAAUUCUUUGUGGCUUACAGGGAUAGUCAUUCCUACAAAAUGAUCUACAAGCGCAAUCCAAUUGCUCUACGGUACAUUAAAUCUCAUUUUUUUCCGGAUCUACUAGCUUGUAUGCCGUGGGAUAUCAUCUACAAGGCUUGUGGAAGAAAAGAAGAGGUGAGGUAUCUUCUGUGGAUCAGACUGAUACGGGUUCGCAGACUAACGGAUUUCUUUCAGAGGAUGGAAAAGGACAUCAGAAUCAAUUAUCUCUUCACGAGGAUAGUGAAACUAAUAGCUGUUGAACUUUACUGCACGCAUACAGCAGCUUGCAUCUUCUACUACCUAGCCACGACGCUCCCUGAAGAGCAGGAAGGUUACACAUGGAUUGGGAGCUUGAAAUUGGGUGACUAUAGUUAUUCACAAUUCAGAGAUAUAGACAUAUGGAAGCGUUACACUACUUCAAUGUAUUUUGCCAUUGUCACCAUGGCAACUGUAGGUUAUGGAGAUAUACACGCAGUCAAUCUGAGAGAAAUGAUAUUCAUCAUGAUCUAUGUUUCAUUUGACAUGGUUCUUGGCGCAUAUUUGAUUGGUAACAUGACGGCGCUGAUUGUGAAAGGAUCCAAGACUGUAAGAUAUAGGGACAAAAUGACAGAUCUUACCAAAUAUAUGAACAGAAACAGAUUAGGAAGGGAACUACGUAAUCAAAUAAAAGGGCAUUUGCGUUUGCAAUAUGAAAGCAGCUAUACCGAUGCCGCUGUUCUACAAGAUAUCCCAAUGUCUAUUCGUGCCAAGAUAUCUCAGACUUUGUAUAAGUCAUAUGUGGAAAACAUUCCCCUUUUCAAAUGUUGCUCCCAAGAAUUCAUCAAUCAAAUUGUAACUCGGGUCCAUGAGGAAUUUUUUCUCCCUGGAGAAGUCAUAAUGGAACAGGGGAAUGUAGUGGAUCAACUCUAUUUUGUUUGUCAUGGUGUCUUGGAGGAGGUUGGAAUAGGGGCUGACGGAUUAGAAGAGAUUCUGUCUCUUCUAGAGCCUAACAGCUCGUUUGGAGAGAUUUCCGUUCUGUGCAACAUUCCUCAGCCUUAUACUGUACGUGUAUGUGAACUAUGCAGACUCCUGCGUAUUGAUAAACAAUCUUUCUCCAAUAUUCUUGAGAUAUAUUUCCACGAUGGACGGAAAGUCUUGACUAACUUGUUGGAGGGAAAAGAAUCUAAUAUUCGUCUGAAGCAAUUGGAGUCGGAUAUUACAUUCCAUAUUGGUAAACAAGAAGCUGAUCUUGCCUUGAGACUGAACAGUGCAGCAUUUUACGGUGACCUAUAUCAACUUAAAAGCGAAAUCCGUUCUGGAGCAGAUCCAAGCAAGAAAGAUUAUGACGGAAGGACAGCCCUGCAUCUUGCUGCAUCAAGAGGAUACGAAGAUAUCACUACGUUCCUGAUACAAGAACGUGUAGACAUCAACGCAGAAGAUAAUUUCGGUAACACCCCCUUGCUGGAAGCCAUAAAGAAUGGACAUGACAAGGUCGCUUCAUUACUUUAUAAAGAAGGGGCCAUGGUGAAAAUAGACAAUGUUGGUAGCUACUUGUGCUCAGUGGUUGCAAGAGGAGAUUCAGAUCUCCUGAGAAGGUUGUUGUCCAAUGGCAUCGAUCCCAACUCGAAAGACUACGAUAAUCGAACCCCCCUUCACGUAGCUGCCUCUCAAGGAUUGUAUCUAAUGGGCAAGUUGCUUGUGGAAGCAGGAGCCAGUGUCUUCGCCAAAGACAGAUGGGGAAACAGUCCAAUAGAUGAAGCGAGAAUGUGCGGAAACAAAAACAUGAUCAGACUCCUGGAAGAGGCGAAGACAGCGCAAUUAUCCGAGUAUCCCGAUAGCCCCCACUCCCAUGAGGUCACAGCAGAGCUAAGACAUGCAAAGAAGAAGUGCACGGUGUUUCCAUUUCAUCCAUGGGAUAAUACUAAACAAGGCCAAAGACACGGAGUUGUGAUGUGGGUUCCUCACAGCAUGGAAGAGCUAAUCGAAGCGGCAUCCCAUCAACUCGGGAUGCUUGAUGCAGAAUGCAUCAUAUUAUCCGAAGACGGAGGGAAAAUUCUCGAGGCCGAAAUGAUUACAGAAGCACAAAAGUUGUAUCUCAUCUACCAAACAACUUGA